UAUGCAUCGGCGGAAUUUUCUACUAUAUGUUCAGAUAAUAGUGCUUUAUCGGGUGAUAUGAUGUUUACUAGAUUUUUACCUUAUUCAAGAGAAAAAUUUCUAAUAUUAUUGAUAACAUUAGUGUUCACUGUAAGUGCCAUUUAUUUAUAUUUAAACAAUUUGCAACAAAAGUUAAGUGUACAAUCAUCUGGAGAGCGUUGUGUGUCAGAGUUAACCUCUCUCAGAUACCAGUUAAAUGGUAAGGAUUUUCAUUUGUCAGUUUCUUUUGUCAUUUGUUAUUUUACUAUACAGAUGUUUAUUUAUAGUUUAAAUGAAUUUAUUAACACACAAAUGUUUCUCUUUGUAGAAGUAACUCAGUAUAAAAACAGAAUUGACAAGUUAUUGACAGACACCCAAGCAGCCCAAGAAAGAGAUAAAAAAAAAAUUAAGGAUGUUAUGGAUAGUUGUGUAGCGAUGAAGCAACAAGCUACAUUAUGUCAGAACCAGUUUCAAGACCUACAGAGUGAAUGUAAGAAAGUGAGGGAUGAUUACAAUCAACUAAAGAAACAGCCUAAUGUUUAGUAAUUUCAUGUAAAAUAAGGCAUAAAAAAGUAUUUAGCCAUUAAAAAUAUAAAAAAAUAUAUAUAUUUCUAAAUACUAAGGAAGAAACUA